GUAAUACUCUUGCAAUCGAAGACUGCCGACCGGCGCAACACGGCGGAACAUGGCAACAUCAUCAUUCUCCACCAUCAAGCUCAAUAGCACGACGUUCCUUAUCCAAGAGCACGACGCCUACGGCGAGCGACCAUUCAUCUAUGUCAAACUUCCACCAACCGCUCCUGUACUCAUCCUCACAGAUACGGGCUGCGAUGAGCCCGAUGCUCGACACAAGAAUAGCCAAUUCAUCCACCUGCGCGACUACCUCGAGAACUUUCCCAUCGCCUCCAACGACAACAAGCCACUGAAUCCGAAUGCCAGCCUCCACUACAUCAUAAUCUUCACACAUUGCCAUUACGACCACAUCGGCGGCGUCACACAAUUCCUUCCACCUGCUGGGCCACCGGACAACCAGAGACCGCCUCAGAUCAUUGCCUCAUCAUGGGGGAGAGACUUCAUCGAAUCCGAAGAUUUCGACGCUCACUCACUAUUCAAAUUCAUCAACAAGCCUGUCCCAUUCUACUACGUCACCAAAUGGGCUCAAGCAUUCGAUCAGCUAUACAUCGAAAUCAACAAUCCAAAGCGAAACUUGUUCGUGAAACUGGAUUUGAAGGUGACAUUCAUUUUGAUACCUGGUCAUACCCCAGACUCGCUGGCAUGGUACGACCGAGAGGAGAUGUGGUUAUAUGUGGGCGAUAUGAUGUACGAGGAGAGAAGUUCAAAUGGGGCAGCUGAAGAGGACAGAGUUGUUGAAGGUACCUCAAGCGGAGGAGCGAGUAUUGUUUUCCCAUCCAGUGGAAAUCUCAUCGAAUGGGUGGCGAGCCUACGGAAAUUGUUGGUAUUGGCAAGAGCUGAAAACGCAAAGGCUGAGAGAAGGGCAAAAGCAGAGGCUACGAGCCUUGGAGACGAAGGUUGGCAGAUUGUGCCGAGAAGAGUCAAACUCGCUGCAGGACAUGUGACCUCAGGAGCCGAUGCGGAAGAGUUCUUGAAGAAGGUGGACCAGUAUUUCUACCAAAUCUUGCAGAAAAAGAUCCCGGUCAUCAAGAAGGAGUAUCAUUGGGACGAUUUGUUCUUCACUUGGAGGGCAGAAGAGUGGAAUCUAUCUUUCAAAGCUCCACCGAGACUGGUCGACCAGGCGAGAGACUUCUUCGACUUCCAUGGCUCGGAUUUUCACGAUGGAUCAGAGAUGGAGCUGGCGUCGAGCGAUUACUUUCUGCACGCAUAA